AUGAUAUUUGCAUCAUUUAUUCGAAACGCUGAAGGUGUACGUACAAUACGACGUAUUCUUGGCGAGAACGGAAGAUUUAUUAAAAUUAUAGCGAAAAUUGAAAAUCAGGAAGGCAUUGAAAACGCAGAUGAGAUAAUCAGAGAGGCAGAUGGACUGAUGAUAGCACGCGGUGAUUUAGGUAUCGAAAUUCCCACUGAGAAAGUAUUCGCAGCGCAAAAAAUGCUAAUCGCACGAUGUAACUUAAUGGGAAAGCCCGUAGUAUGUGCUACUCAAAUGCUUGAAUCAAUGACCAAGAAGCCAAGACCUACCCGAGCUGAGGGUCAGUUAACGCAUUAA